ACGACUCAUUUGCUUGAAGAAGAGUUAUUGCAGAAAUGAAAAAAGCAAAAUGUCAAUCGGGUUUUUACAUUGGUUGUGAGUGAAAAACGAAGAAAAAAAUAUAUUAAUUUAUUUAUAACUCAAUUGUAAAGUGAUCUUCUUAAACACAAACCAUGGGCUCAGAGGAUACCGAGAUGGCUUCUGGUGAAAAAAUCCAAAAGGGUUUUCAAAUCAACUAUAUGAUCCUCCGCGAUGCAGAUUCGGGAAAGGUUAUUUGGCAGGAGAACAAGGACUUUUCGUCACCAGAUGUUGAGCAUGAAGCGCGUGUGCCAAUCAAAAUAUUGGAUUUGCGGGCAGUGUCUCGUGAAAUUAACUUCAGCACAAUUGAACCAAUGGAAAACUUUCGCCUUGACCAAAAAGUACUUUUUAAAGGUCGCAUAAUGGAAGAAUGGUUUUUUGAAAUGGGCUGGGUUGGCGCAAACACUACAAACACUUGGCAAUCGACAAUCGAAGCGGCACCGGAGUCGCAGAUGAUGCCAGCAAAAGUCUUAAAUGGUAAUGUCACAAUUCAAACCAGUUUCUAUGACAACGAUACACUUAUUACCAAAUCAAUUGUGCGUCUCUACUACAUUUAAACUAAACAAAUGACUACUAGGCAGUUCUUCUUGCCUAAUCCGCCCACACCUUAGUGCUAUUUUGGUUUUUUUUUUGUGAAAUUCGAUUUCCAAAAAAUGCAAGGGGGGACGCAUUUUAGCGGUUUUGAGCCAAGGCUGUUUUGCAUUACAGUAGGUAUCGAUUAAUUUAAUUAAUGUAUGUACAUAUAAAUAUGCUUGCAAAAUUAGUUGAGGAAGGCCGAGGCAGAGAAUACUUUACUCAUUAACGUGCGAAUCUAUAAUUACAAUCAUAACUCUAGCAUUUGGUAUUUAUAUGUAUUUAAGUAGAUUUAAAUGACUCAUAUGUAUAGUACAUUUAAUAAUUGUAAUCAAAGCGUUGCCAUUUUUUCUUUGGUAAAGCUCCUUGCUUUGUAUAUUUAAUGCAAGCUAACUGCUUGCAAAUUAGAAGAAAAACAUCAUUUUAAUUUCAACAUGUUAAAUAUACUGAUUAUGUCAGCCUAAUUGUAUAGUAAGUUGUAUACGCAUGCUGAUCAAAACAUAUUCAUUCAUAAUUUAUGCACAUGCAUACAUACUUAUAUGCAUAAGCACUUAGAUAAUUAUGCCUAAGUAUGUACUUGUGUUAAGCUUUAGUUGAUGAUAUGAUCAAAUGCAAGAUUACUAAAAUAUGUAUUAAAUCUAUAAAAUAUAACUUAUUAAAACGAAAAGAAAGCCAUUCGAA